CCCGCGGCGCCCAGUCCCGAGCCCGCCCGCCCGCCAGCUGCGCCCGACCCCGGCGGCCCGCUCCCCCGGGCCCGGACCCGCGUCGUGGACCCGCGAUGGCCAAGCGCAGCUCGCUGUCCAUCCGCAUCGUGGAGGGGAAGAACCUGCCCGCCAAGGACAUCACUGGCAGCAGUGACCCCUACUGCAUCGUGAAGGUGGACAAUGAACCCAUCAUCCGGACAGCCACUGUGUGGAAGACCCUGUGUCCCUUCUGGGGCGAGGAGUAUCAGGUGCACCUGCCGCCCACCUUCCACGCAGUGGCCUUCUACGUCAUGGAUGAGGAUGCCCUCAGCCGGGACGACGUUAUCGGGAAGGUCUGUCUUACCAGGGACACCCUGGCCGCUCACCCUAAGGGGUUCAGUGGUUGGGCCCACCUGACGGAGGUCGACCCUGAUGAGGAGGUGCAAGGCGAGAUCCACCUGCGCCUGGAGGUGGUGCGAGGGCCAGGGCCCUGCCGGCUGCGCUGCUCUGUGCUGGAGGCCAGAGACCUCGCUCCCAAGGAUCGGAAUGGUGCAUCUGACCCCUUUGUCCGAGUGCGCUACAACGGCCGGACGCAGGAGACCUCGAUUGUGAAGAAAUCAUGCUACCCACGCUGGAACGAGACGUUUGAGUUUGAGCUGGAGGAAGGGGCUGCGGAGGCGCUGUGUGUGGAAGCCUGGGACUGGGAUCUUGUCAGCCGGAAUGAUUUCUUGGGCAAAGUGGUGUUCAAUGUCCAGCGACUAUGGGCAGCACAGCAGGAGGAAGGCUGGUUCCGGCUGCAGCCCGACCAGUCCAAGAGUCGGCGGGGAGAGGGCAGCCUGGGCUCCUUGCAGCUGGAGGUGCAGCUGUGGGACGAGACGGUACUGCCCUCUGGCUGCUACCAGCCCCUGGUGCAGCUGCUGUGCCAUGAGGUGAAGCUGGGCACCCAGGGCCCAGGGCAGCUGAUACCACUUAUUGAGGAGACAACAAGCACUGAGUGCCGCCAGGAUGUGGCCACCAACCUGCUCAAGCUCUUCCUGGGGCAGGGACUGGCCAAAGACUUUCUGGACCUGCUCUUCCAGCUGGAGCUGGGUCGUACCAGUGAGGCCAACACCCUGUUCCGGAGCAACUCUCUGGCCUCAAAGUCCAUGGAAUCUUUUCUGAAGGUGGCUGGGAUGCGCUAUCUGCACGGCGUCCUGGGGCCCAUCAUUGACAGGGUGUUCGAGGAGAAGAAGUACGUGGAGCUGGACCCCAGCAGAGUGGAGGUCAAGGACGUAGGGUGCUCGGGGCUGCACCGUCCACAGACGGAGGCCGAGGUGCUGGAGCAGAGCGCGCAGACGCUGCGCGUCCACCUGGGGGCGCUGCUGAGCGCGCUCAGCCGCUCCGUGCGCGCCUGCCCCGCCGUCGUCCGAGCCACGUUCCGCCAGCUCUUCCUGCGCGUGCGCGAGCGCUUCCCCAGCGCCCAGCACGAGAACGUGCCGUUCAUCGCCGUCACCAGCUUCCUGUGCCUGCGCUUCGUGUCUCCUGCCGUCAUGGCGCCCAAGCUCUUCCACCUGCGCGAGCGGCACGCGGACGCGCGCACCAGCCGCACCCUGCUCCUGCUGGCCAAGGCGGUGCAGAACGUGGGCAACAUGGACACACCGGCCUCCAGAGCCAAGGAGGCUUGGAUGGAGCCGCUGCAGCCCACCGUGCGCCAGGGUGUGGCUCAGCUGAAGGACUUCAUCACUAAGUUGGUGGACAUCGAGGAGAAGGAGGAACUGGACCUGCAGCGGGCGCUGAGCUUGCAGGCACCACCGGUGAAGGAGGGGCCACUCUUCAUCCACAGGACCAAGGGCAAGGGCCCCCUCAUGUCCUCCUUCAAGAAACUCCACUUUUCCCUCACCACCGAGGCCCUGAGCUUCGCCAAGACACCCAACUCUAAGAAAAGUGCCCUCAUCAAGCUAGCCAAUAUCCGGGCAGCAGAGAAGGUGGAGGAGAAGAGCUUUGGCAGCUCACACGUCAUGCAGGUCAUCUACGAGGAUGAUGCAGGCAAGCCCCAGACCAUCUACCUGCAGUGCAAGUGUGUGAACGAGCUGAACCAGUGGCUGUCGGCGCUACGGAAGAUGAGCAUCAGCAACCCUGGCCUGCUGGGCUCCUACCACCCCGGCAUCUUCCGCGGGGACAAGUGGAGCUGCUGCCACCAGAAGGACAAGUCAGAUCUGGGCUGUGACAAGACUCGGUCACGUGUGACCCUACAGGAGUGGAAUGACCCUCUGGAUCAUGACCUGGAGGCCCAGCUCAUCUACCGGCACCUGCUGGGUGUGGAGGCUACGCUGAGGGAGAAGCAGCGGGAGCUGAGUGCAGCAGGCACAGAGGCAGGCUCUGCACUUAGGGGCUCAGGGGAAGCCCCCAAGGAUCCACUGGCCCAGCUGUUCCAGGUGCUGCAGGACCUCCGGGAGGCUCACAGAUCCAGCCCAGCCAGCGCACCGCCCUUGGAGACAAACCGCCUGCUGGAGCUGCAGACGUGAGGCCUGCCCCACAUGCCCUCACUGAACCCCCUGCCAGCCCUUGCAGCCAUCGCUGGCACCACCCCACUCUCUCCAGGGGCCCUCUCCUGCCCCGGCAGACCUAGCCAGAAACCAGCCCUAGGAUGGCCCUUGACCAGGUGGACUGAUAACUCCUUGGACUCACAGAGGUGGGAGGGAACAUGGGGCCCACCCAGGAGACCAAGCCUUGACCUCAGCAUCCCCUCAGCUCCUGGCCAUCACAUCACCUGCUCCCCUCCAGCCGCUGGCUGGGCCCCCCUGGGAGAGCUUUGCGGUGCUGUUGCUGACAAUAAACCUGCUGUGACUGCUUGGG